AUGGACGUGCUAUUAGUGCCAAUUCACCACAACGAUCAUUGGCUUUUGGCGGCGUUGAUGGUGUCAUCUGGAAGAUGCACGGUGUUUGAUUCAGCUAUGGGAAAGUGUGCACCAAAAACGAAGAAGAUGAUUUCGAUGAUGGUCAGGAAGAUUCUGGCUUUGAUUUGGUCCGAAAGCAUGAUGACAGUGCGCUGGGCGCCGAAGCGUCACCAAGACGAACAAGAAGACGGCUACAGCUGUGGCUUGUACCUUAUUGUCAAUGCCCGUCGAUUCUUGGAGCGGAGCACAACCAACUUGGUGUCGAAUAAUAAUGAUGAAGGUGUCAAGCUUCUCGCCGACCGAGUCGUGUUGAGGGCUCUCGUCGCCGAAUAUACAACUGGAGAAGAUCAGCGAGGAAUCGGCACGAUGUCCACCAGCACCAGAUAUUGGACGUGA